AUGCCUGCUUCAUUGGCCUCUAGCGAGCGUUCCGGCUCAGUCAAAUCGCACCAUAGCCCGAAGACCUCGCUGCAAAGCAAGGCCGACCCUAACAUGGCCCUCUACGAGCAAGAGCCCAGUAAGUUCGCAUCCACCAUAAUGCCAAGCCUCGAAGAUAUCUCCUCUAACACAUGCCAGCAACUGUGA